AUGUAUUUAGCUGCUUUAAUUCACGACUAUGAUCAUCCUGGCGUUAGUAACAACUUUUUGAUACAGACAAAUGACCGACUUGCCAUGUUGUACAAUGACAAAUCUAUUCUUGAAAACCAUCAUUGUUCUGCAGCGUUUAAUGUGCUGAUUCAACCAAAGAACCACUUUUUGGAGUCUCUGGAUCGCAAACCGUAUAAAUUGUUUAGAGCCAAUGUUGUUGAGAUGGUACUGGCUACCGAUCUUACUCAGCAUUUCUCUUUAUUGACGACGUUUAAGAAAAAGGUAAAUGCAUUUGAAUGGUUUAUACUAGACUGGAAAGACGAUCGACUCACAUUGAUGCAAAUGCUGAUGAAGUGUGCAGAUGUGUCCAAUCCUACCAAAGCCUGGCCACUCUAUCAAGAAUGGAUUACACGUAUUACAGAAGAGUUUUUCAACCAAGGAGAUCGAGAGAGUGCAUUAGGACUUCCCUUUUCUCCGUAUUGCAAUAGA